UUGGAAAAGAAGUGGAAAUCUGCUUCCAGUCAUCAUCACGACCAAAUUUCCUGCGAUUAAGAUUACGGAAAAUCUAUUUUCACUCCAUACGAAUUGUGAUCUGCUCUACCGAAGAUGGCAUCGCACGGUGAAAAGGUGUUCAUGUGGAUCAACGAGCUAUCGAACCCGGAGACGCGCGAGACGGCGCUGCUAGAGCUGAGCAAAAAGCGCGAAACCGUUUCCGAUCUAGCGCCAAUGCUGUGGAACAGCUUUGGCACGACCGCCGCUCUGCUGCAGGAGAUCAUCAACAUCUACCCGUCGAUAAAUCCGGCCACCCUAACGGCCCACCAAUCGAACCGGGUCUGCAACGCGCUCGCACUGCUUCAGUGUGUCGCUUCGCAUCCGGAAACCCGGUCGGCCUUUCUCGCAGCCCAGAUACCGCUGUUCCUGUAUCCUUUCCUGCACACAACCUCGAAAACGCGACCCUUCGAGUACCUGCGAUUGACCUCGCUCGGUGUGAUCGGUGCGCUGGUUAAGACCGACGAACAGGAGGUCAUCACCUUCCUUCUAACGACGGAAAUCAUCCCGCUGUGCCUACGCAUCAUGGAGUCGGGCUCGGAACUGAGCAAAACCGUGGCUACUUUCAUACUGCAGAAGAUUCUGCUGGAUGAGGCAGGACUCUCUUACAUCUGCCAUACCUAUGAUCGGUUUUCGCACGUUGCGAUCAUUCUCAACAAAAUGGUAAUAUCGCUCUCGAAGGAACCGUCGGCACGGCUGCUGAAGCACGUUGUCCGCUGCUACCUACGUCUAUCUGACAAUCCACGAGCACGCGAGGCCCUGAGACAGUGUCUUCCGGAUCAGCUUCGCGAUGCAACGUUCGCCGGGUGCUUGCAAGAGGACAAAUCGACCAAACACUGGCUGUCGCUGUUGCUCAAAAAUCUCGACACGGUACCGGGACCGGGUGCCGAUCCGCGUCAGGUUGGCAUACAACCGCUCGCGUCGUAAUCGGUGUAUUGGCCUUUCGAAUCGAAUGUCUCAAUUCGGUACUUCCCAUCUCUCUGCCUGAUUCGUGUAGAAGUCGUUGACAGUUUGGCUGGCACAACAGUGAUUUGUACAAUAACCCUAGAGUGUAGGCAACGAGCAACACUUUGCACCAUUUUUUUUCCCUGUAGAUUUCUAUUAUGUUUUAUGCUCAGCGCGAUCCACCCCCCAAAAGCGAGCGGUGUGUAUUUUCCGUAUUAUUGUAUAUGUUAAUGAGUGGCGCCGAGUCGCCUACUCUGUGUAAUUCUUUCCUUUUCAAUUCAAUCAUCGUGGUCUGCAAAUCUAAGACAGCUAGGGUUAAGCUAAGCAGUCUAGUGGUGGUGGCUGUUUCCUUCGGCAGGCCAACAGACAGAACAGCUGUAGACUUAUAAGGAUAGUCUGAAAGUGAGUAAAACCCUUUCCACCCAUUCAGAUGUACUAAGCAAUUAAUAAUAGAAGUAAAUAAAUCUCUAUAUAUGUA